CUUCCCCUGCAGCGGGGUCGGAUUUAGGAUCCGUGCUGUGGAACGGCGACGGACGGACGGACAGACAGACGGACGGACAUACAGACAGACAGACAGACAUACAGACAUACAGACAUACAGACAGACGGACAGACGGACGGACGGACGGAGCCCUUCCAUGGCCACGCACGGCCCGAAGCUCCUCUGCGUACCUCCGUGGGUCGCCGCCCUCCUCCUGUGGGGCGCAUACGUUUGGGCUGUUCCCUCCGGCCCAGAGCUCGAAUGUGGACAACAACACGAUCGGGGUCGCGUGGUGGGGGGCAGCGCCGCCCGCCCCGGGGAAUGGCCGUGGCAGGUCAGCCUCCAGCUAUGGGGUCAGCAUUUCUGUGGGGGAACCCUCGUCGCCCCACAGUGGGUCCUAUCGGCGGCUCACUGCUUCCAAGGCCCUAACGGGAGCAGAGCCGACCCUACAGCCUGGAGGGCGGUUGUGGGGCGGCUCCGACUUCGGGAUUCCGGAGGUCAGGAGAGGGCGGUGACGGCCGUGGUGCUCCACGAGGGCUACCGGAGGGUGGAGGGCGGCCAUGAUUUGGCACUGAUCCGCCUGGAGACCCCCGUGAGCCUCGGGAGCAGAGCGGGGAUCAUCUGCCUCCCCAAACCCCGAUACCCCUUCGCCUUCGGGACCCCCUGUUGGAUCACCGGCUGGGGGAACGUGGCGGAGAACGUGUCCCUCCCGGCCGAUGAGCCCCUCCAAAAGGUGUCCCAGGACCUCCUGAGCCCCCCCAUCUGCAACUGCCUCCACUCCAACCUGCGGCGCCGGGAGCUGAUGAGGCCCGCGACCCCCGGCAUGGUGUGCGCGGGGGGCAGCGCCGGGGGGAGGGGGGCGUGUCAGGCGGACUCCGGCGGCCCGAUUUCGUGCCUUUCGGGGGGCCGUUGGGUGCAGGCGGGGGUGCUGAGCUUCGCCGUGGGCUGCGGUCGGCCGAGCGGCCCCGUGUUGGCCACGGCGCUGGCGGAGCACGCCGGGUGGCUGCGGAAACACCUCCGGCCCUACGGGGCGUUCGUCGGGGCGACCACAGCGCCCCCACCCGGAUUGGAGGACGGGAAGUGCGCCGGCUGCGGGAUGCAGGGGGGCCCCCCACUUUCCCCCCCGCCCCCCCAUUGGCCGUGGGCCGUCAGCCUUCUCCUGCGGGGGGGGCGGCGCUGCGGGGGGGCUCUGGUGGCGGAGCGGUGGGUGUUGGCGGCCGCCCAUUGCUUUAUAGGGAACCAGGAGGCCGAAGAGUGGCUCGCUGUGACCCCAAAUGGCCACCAACGCCGCGGCGCCCGCCUGGCCCUACACGGAGCCUUCGUGGCUGUGGGGCGCGGGAGGGACCUGGCCCUACUCAGCCUGGACGCCCCACUGCCUAUAGGGCCGGAGCUGAGACCCCUUUGUCUGCCCUAUAGGGACCACCGGAGGCCAUUGGGGUCGCGGUGUUGGGCCACCAUGGUGGCCAACGGCUCCGCCGUCCCCAUGGGUCUGCUCAGCGUGGAGGUGACCCCAAUGGAUGACCCCAAACCCCAUGGGGACAUCGGGGACGGCACAGACGAUACCUUCACUGCCACCGUCCCCAAAAACACCACCGCCUGCCAGCCGGACGCGGGGUCCCCCCCUGGCGUGCGAGGAAGGGGGCAUUUGGUUCCUGGAAGGGAUCGCCACCGGGGGGGGCUGCGCUAUGGGGCAGCCCCCGACCUUCACCGCCGCGGCCCUAUAUGAGAGGUGGAUCUAUGG